AUGAGCAUCAAUACCAACGGAUCGGUCAAACAACCGGGAUCGCUUGCGGCAGCAGGAGGCUUGAUCCGUGAUUGGACAGGACGCUGCGUGGACGCUUUCGUGGAGAAUCUGGGAAUUUGCACGAUCACCAGGGCCGAGAUCAAGGCGGCAAUUCGUGGCCUGCAGGUGGCUUGGAGGAAAGGCUAUCGCAAAGUUCACAUUCAAUUGGAUUCUACCACUGCUGUCAAUAUCCUCUCCUCCCAAAAUCAGACCGAGCACAGGUACUUCAACUGGUCCAACAAUUCAAGGGACUAG